AGCCGGUGCGGGCCGCCAUUGUGGCCAGUUCGAUCGGUAUCGGGAGCGGAGAGCGGAGCUCAGCGAGCCCGGAGCAGGGAGCAGCCCCCCCCACGGCCGGCCUCAGUCACCAUCACACCGCGGGAGGCGGCGCAAACAGCCAGUCACCACCACCGUCCGCACCGAACAGCCGCCGCCAUGAGCAGCGAGGCCGAGACCCAGCCGCCCGCCGCCCCCGUCCCCGCGGCGGCCCCCGCCGCCCCCGCCGACUCCAAGCCUAACGGCGGGACCGGGAACGGGGGCAGCGGCCUGGCCUCGGCGGCGCCUCCCGCCGGCGGGGACAAGAAGGUCAUCGCAACGAAGGUUUUGGGAACAGUGAAAUGGUUCAACGUGAGGAACGGUUACGGCUUCAUCAACAGGAAUGACACCAAGGAAGAUGUGUUUGUCCAUCAGACUGCCAUAAAGAAGAAUAACCCCAGGAAGUACCUCCGCAGCGUAGGAGAUGGAGAGACCGUGGAGUUUGAUGUGGUUGAGGGAGAAAAGGGUGCGGAGGCAGCUAAUGUUACAGGUCCUGGUGGAGUUCCAGUGCAAGGCAGUAAAUACGCAGCAGACCGUAACCAUUACAGACGAUAUCCACGUCGUAGGGGUCCUCCACGCAACUACCAGCAAAACUACCAGAACAGUGAGAGUGGGGAAAAGAACGAAGGAGCAGAGAACAUACCAGAAGGUCAAGCCCAGCAACGCCGUCCCUAUCGCAGGCGGCGGUACCCACCUUACUAUAUGCGUAGGCCCUACGGGCGUCGACCACAAUAUUCCAACCCUCCCGUGCAGGGAGAGAUAGUGGAGGGUGCUGACAACCAGGGUGCAGGAGAACAAGGCAGACCAGUCAGGCAGAACAUGUAUCGAGGUUAUAGACCACGAUUUCGCAGCUUGACUUUCAGGGGUCCUCCUCGUCAAAGACAGCCUAGAGAGGAUGGGAACGAAGAAGAUAAAGAGAACCAAGGGGAUGAGACCCAAAGUCAGCAGCCACCUCAACGUCGGUACCGUCGUAACUUCAACUACCGACGCAGACGCCCAGAGAACCCUAAACCACAAGAUGGCAAAGAGACGAAGACAGCCGAACCACCAGCUGAGAACACGUCCGCUCCCGAGGCCGAGCAGGGCGGGGCUGAGUAAAUACCGGCUUACCAUCUCUACCAUCAUCCGG